AUGGAUGCCUCUUCGACCCAGAAGGAGCUCGCCGUCGAGGCAGGAGCCGUGCACGUCGAGGCCGACGGUGCUGCCAACGUCCCGCACCGCAAGUGCAAGAAGGAGAAGCGGUUGGUGUUGAAGCAAGACUUGUCCAUUGUCUUGCUGCUCGCCGGCUGCUACUGGUUCGCCUACCUGGAUCGCGGUGCUCUCGGAAAUGCUCGAAUCAUGGGAUUCCAGAAAGACCUACACUUGAGCCCGAAGGAGUUUUACAACUGCUUGAUGAUGUUCUUCGUUGGAUACCUGAUCUUUGAGCUCCCAGCAGCGCUGAUCGUCAAGGUCUUCCAGCCGAAUUUGGCCUAUGGCUUUGCUGUCGUUGCUUUUGGUAUCCUGGCCACAUCCAUGGCCGCCGUCAGAUCUUACGCACCGAUCAUGAUCAUUCGCACAUUCCUCGGCUUCACCGAAGCUUUUGUCCAGACGGGUUUCCUGUUUCUCACGCUGUGGUACCGACCGGAAGAAGUCACAACACGCACCGCUUUCUACUUUAUUGCGACACCUGUCGCCGGAGCGACCAGUGGACUGAUCGCGUACGGCGUCCAGCACAACUUGAAUGGCCGCAUGGGACGGGCGGCGUGGGAGUGGUUCUUCCUCAUCGAAGGCGUCCUUACCAUCUUUUGGGGCCUCCUCGUCGCCACCUUUCUCCCUAAGCUCCCCGAGACGGUGGCUAAACGGGGCAGCAUCCUCUUCCGCGACCCGCAAGAGCACGCCCUCAUCCUCGAACGCACGGCCGCCGCUCGCAACACGCCGGAUGAAAAGGUGCGCAUGUAUCAGAUUUGGUGGGCAAUCAAGGACCUCAAGACCUGGCUGUUCGCCCUGGCGAUCUCCGCCGCGUCUCUGAAUGUCGCUGCUUUCGGCUCAUUCUUGCCCACAUUUAUCCAGCAAUUCGGCUUCGAACCACUGCAAACCCAGCUGGUCAGCAUUAUACCUUAUGCUUUCCCUAUCGUCACCGUCCCAGUGGUGAGCAUUUACGCCGAUCGCGCCGACAAACGAUUUGUCCCCUUCCUCUGCUGCAUGGCAACCUCUCUGACCGGCUUCGUUAUCGUGUUGACCACGACCAACAGAACUGCCCUUGUGGCCGGCUGUUCCUUCAUCGCCGCCGGCUGCUAUCCGGCAAUCGUGGUCUGCGCCACCUGGCUCUUGGGCGCCCACGCCGGCUACACCAAGAGAGCCACUGCUUGGGCUGUUGCGCAAGUCUUCACGCAGAGCUACAGCAUCAUUUCGACCCAGAUCUACAACACUCCGCCGCGCUUCUUCAAGGGCCACGGCAUCCUGCUCGGCCUCAACCUGAUCGGUACGGCGUCGGCGGUCCUCUGCUAUUUCAUGAUGAAGGCGGCAAACAAAAAGCGAGAACAGAUUGCCCAAGACUGGAUUGUCCGAGGAGAGGAAGACCCGGACAACAGCAAGACUUACGAGGAGCUGUGUGACCAUCAUCCGCAGUUCCGAUAUAAAUGGUAG